AUGCAUGAUAUCCACCACCCGGCGUAUAAGAAGUUAGAACAGAUUGGGCGAGAAAUCACUACGGUGGUCAAACCAAAGGCUGUCAUCGUCUUGUCCGCGCAUUGGCAAGCUACAGCGAGGGACACCAUUGAGAUCAACACCAGCAAUACAAUGGACUUGAUCUAUGACCACUAUUAUAGAGAGAAAUACCCGAACAGGGGUAGUCAGCCUCUUGCAGAUCACUUUAUGACCGUACUCUCUGCAAAUGGUAUCAACACUAGACCCGUCGCCCGAGGGCUGGAUCAUGGUGUUUGGGUCAGCUUCAAAGUUGCCUUCAAUCCAGAUACCAACCCUCUCCACGUGCCAAUCGUACAGGUAUCUCUUUUCUCCUCUGACCAUCCCCGUCAGCACUACGCUCUCGGCCGCGCCCUUUCGAGUCUUCGCUCUGAGGGUAACGUGGUCAUUGCGACAGGUAUGGCAGUGCACAACUUGCGCGACCUGCGAAAAACGAUGGGUAACCCAGCCCCUUUGCCUUACGCAAGUAGCUUUGAUGAGGCGCUAAGAGAAGCCGUGGAGAGCGAUAGCGUAGAAAGAGAAGAGAGAAUGAUAUCCCUUUUGGGGAGAAGUGAUGCAAGUCAGGCUCAUCCGACUCUUGAGCAUCUACUGCCUAUCUUUGUAGGCGCUGGCGCCGCGAGUACAGAGAGGGGAAUGAGAUUGUGGACGUUGCCGGAAGGAAGUACGAGUUGGGCAAUGUAUAGAUUUGGGGCCGUCCCCACAUUCUUGGGCCAGAUUGAUGAAGGGAGGGCAAAAGCUUAG